CUCCCCGUCCCUCUGCCGCCCGGCCUCCCGCCCUGUUAGUGGGAAGUGCAGCUAUGCCCGGCAUUGUGUGUGCGUGUUUGCGCUCUGAUGCCUUUUGUGUCUCACUGCAGAGCAGUGGAGCAGCCGGCGUGCUCUUUUGUCUCCUUCCCAGCUAAGGGCACCUGCUAGCGCCGGCUGCUCCCACUGUCCCCGCUCUCCCGGCACAAUCACAUCAAACCCCUGCACUGCCAGUGGUUUCUUCUAAGGGAUACUUGCCGAUAACUGGGCGAUACCAGCGGACACUUCCAGGGGGGGGGGGGCUGAGAAGUUUCCUCUGUUUCUCUCUCUGGACGCGGAGAGAAUAAAAUGAAGGAUCUGAAGAAGUACUUGACAGAAGGUCUGCUCCAGUUCACAAUCCUUUUGAGCUUGGUCGGUGUGAGGGUGGACUUUGACUUUUAUUUGCCCCCCAUUAGGGAGAUUAUCCAGGGCACCAGCUCCGCCUAUUCUCAAAUCCCCUUUCACAGUCUGAGGGACACUUGGGAGGGCUCCAGCCUGCACCCUAAAAGCCCAGACCUGGACUCCUUCUUCACUGCCAAGAGGUUGCUGGAGCAAGUGAGGGCACUGGGGGGAACACUGGUCCCAAGGACUGAAGUGAGCGCAUGGCUGGUGCAUGCUGACUCUGGAGAUGCUGAGGAAGGUACAUUCAGUACUGACCAAACGUUGCUCACUUCAGCUUCUAAUGAGGAGAGCAGCAGCACCACUGACUCCCCUGCUAACAAUCAAGAAGGCCCAAGCCAGCAGUCUUCAAGAAGCACACUGCCCCAGUGCCAUGCAAGCCCACCCCAGCAGCAGCACAUUGGUCCUGGGGCCUCCCAGACUUCAUCUGAUUUUACCAAAGAGAAACAAGAAGAGAAGCUGGGUUGCUGUCCAAGCACCUAUGAUUACAACUAUGUGCAUAGUGAGUCUGGGAAAACCGAACUAGAUGAAGAUGUGGCACAAGACAACAUUGAGGAACAUACUUCAGUAAGGGACAGCAGUGAUAUUGAACUAAGUGACAACAAUAACCAGAGAAUAGAGAUCGACAGGAGCACAACAGAGCCAUCCCUGUUUUUUGAAGAAUUUAUUCAGCUGCUAGCUCAAACAGAAAAUACACUUGAGGGUACAAAUGAGAAUGAACCUAACGCUACACAACCAGCUUACCGAAUCCCUCAGGGAAACUCAGUGGGCGAGCUAUGGCAGGAUUUCUUCUCUCUACCCGAUUUAAAUAGUACACUGGAAGAUAUACAGCCUGUUUCAAAUGUCAGCAGUCCUAGAAAUUCCUCAACACAGAAUGCCGAUGAUUUUGGAGAGAUGCUCAGCCGAGAUGUGAGUUUGCAAGAAGUUAUGUUCCCUUCAAACCUUUCAUCGAGGAGAGACGAGAAUUUGGCCCAGAGAUCAGAACCCUUUUCACAGUCAGAUUCAAGUACCAGCUCAGAAGGAAGUUUAAACCCAGCUAACCUGGCCCAGUUCAUUCAAUCUACUGACAACAGCACUAGAAAUUUAACAACACAUGAUCUCCUUUCUGGCAUUGAUGAUAAUGUGUUUGACGAGAUAAAUCUGAUGUCUUUAGCCCUCGAAGAAGGUUUUGAUCCCUUAGAAGUUUCUCAGCUAUUUGAAGAGCCAGAUUCUGACUCCGGGCUUUCUUUAAAUUCAAGCCAUAGCCCAACGUCAGCCAGUAUUUCAGAUUCUUCAUCUGUCUCUUUUGGUGAAGAUGAAGGUGCAGCAGGGUACAGCAGUGAUUCAGAGAGUGUACUGUACGGUGGCCUGGAAGGAGCUGUUGGUAGCAGCUGGCCAGAGGUUAAUAAAUUCUGCCGCCUGGACUAUGAGCAGAACUCAGACUACUGUGACAAUGUAACUAUGCACAACGUACAUCACAAUCACACAUACAAUCAGUUAUCUAGCCAAUUAGAAGCAGUUGAUGAUUAUCAUUACAGCUUGUCAGCAAAACAGGGCAAGUUAAGCAGCCAGUGUGUCAGUGGCAUGGAUAAGAACCUCAGUCGUGAUGAACGGAGAGCGAAAUCCCUAAGAAUUCCAUUUUCAGUCGACGAGAUUGUGAGCAUGCCCGUGGAGAUGUUCAAUAAUAUGUUAUCCAAGCACUGUCUUACUGAGUCCCAGGUAACAGUUAUACGGGAUAUCAGACGCAGAGGCAAAAAUAAAGUGGCUGCUCAGAACUGCCGCAAGCGCAAACUUGACGUCAUUCUAAACCUCGAUGAUGAUGUGUGUCAGCUGAAGGCCCGCAAGGAAAAGCUGCUGAAAGAGCGGGCCCAGUGCAGCAAAUCCACGAGUCACAUGAAGCAGAAGCUUAAUGAUCUUUAUCGGGAUGUGUUUAGCAAACUAAGAGAUGAACAGGGGCGGCCUGUGAAUCCAAGCCUGUAUGCGCUGCACUGUAACAGCGAUGGCAGCAUCAUGGUUGUCCCUCGGAGGUUAUUUAAAUCAGAACAAAAGCAGGAUAUGCAGAAAGAAAAGAAGAAAUGAGCCAUUCUGAACACUUGGACUGCGUUAAAACGUUUAAUGGUUACAGAAAAUAAACCUAGAGGUAAUAUAAACAAAUGGUUAUUGGAUGAGAGUUGGACAUUUUUUAUUAUUAUAUUUUGACUUUAUAAACACUGGACUUCCAGAAAUAACGGACAUGAUAAGUUAUGAGCAUGAUAACGGAACAGACAAUAAAUCUCCUAUAGCCCUAUCUCCGCACAUAUGGAAUAGCUGCUUUUCCUGGUCGAAUACAGCACUAAACGUAACAGUCAAUUCCGAGUGUACAGUAGUGUCUGCAUGGAAAUACUGCCUAUAGGAUUAGUGAUGCAGCUUCAUUGCCUUCCUGUGGGUGUUACUGACGUGUAGGUUAUGAGGCCUAGACACACUGCUUUUAUACGUUUCACCGAACAUUAUAGGUAGAUGUUCUACAACUAGAAAUCCAAUUUUCUGGUAAAAUUGGAAUAUUAAGGCAUACGAUAAAUUGAAAUCUGGCAAGUUUUUUUUCUUGUUGUUGCCAACUUAAUUGAAAAUGACUGUUGAUUUAUAAAGUGACCUUAGAUUUAGUCUCUUGCACUGGAGCACAUUGCCCUAGCUUUACAUUUUCUUCUUUCCUUUGGCUCAAGUUUGUUGUGGUGUGUGUUUUUAAUUUAUAUAUGUAUCUAUACAGGUAUGGGACCUGUUAUCCAGAAUGCACGGGGCCCUGGGGUUUUCCAGAUAACCGAUC